AUUCUUGAACUCCGGGGCAGCCGCAGGUUCCUGCCGCAAAUCCCACUUGAUAAAUUCGACAACCCACAAGGUUUUCACACUCACACACACACAUUACAGUUUCUAGGCCAAAGUAGCCGGCCUAUGGAUGAAGAGUCCAGGUGGAAGGCGGAAUGCUUCAAUAUGGACGCUCAAGUCUAUGUUACCCGUUUGUUUGUUUUUUUAAAUAGUAUUUUAUUUUAGGGGGAGAUUGCCCACAGGAGCAGUAAAUGCCACACACAUACAAACCUUUUGGGAAUGUGUAGCCCAUCGGGAAGGAACCAUUUUUGGUAACAAAGGAGUGAUUCCUCUGAAGAAAGGUGGGAACAUUACGAAAAUGUGUGCUACAUGCCUUUUGGGAAGGAACCCUUUUUGGUUCCAGGGUAGCAAUUUCUCCCAAAGAAAGGUGGAAAAUUUCGGAAAAUACUUGAUGCACAGCUUUUAGGAACCAUUUCUGGGAGCAAGGGAACAAUUUUGCCACCCCCAAGAAAUCAUGAAAAGUUUAGAAAAUGGCAAGUUUUAUGAAAAGACAUGAAACACGCCUUUUGGGAAAGUGCAGCCCAUUGCGAAGGAACCGUUUUUGGUAACAAGGGAGUUCAUUUCUCACAAAAAUGUGGAAAGUUUAGGAAAAGAUGGGAGAAGUUCAUGAAAAGACGUCCCGCACACCUUUUGGGAAUGUGCUGCCCACUGGAAAGGGACCCUUUUUGUCGUGUCGGCGCGCGUCGAGACCGAGCGAGUGAAGAUGCUCCUGGACGCCGGACCCCAGUACCCCGCCAUAGGAGUGACGACAUUCGGCUCCACGCGGCACCACUCCGCAGGCGAGGUGACGGAGCGGGAGGUGGCGCUGGGCAUCAACCCGUUCGCGGACGGCAUGGGCGCCUUCAAGAUCAACCACGGCUCCCACGAGCAGACGGCGUUCUCCUCGCAGGCGCCCGGCUACGCGGCGGCGGCCGCCCUGGGCCACCACCACCACCACCACCACCACCACCCGGGCCACGUCGGCUCCUACUCCACGGCGGCCUUCAACUCCACGCGGGACUUUCUGUUCAGGAACCGCGGCUUCGGGGAGGCGGCCAGCGCGCAGCACAGCCUCUUCGCCUCGGCGGCGGGCAGCUUCGCCGCGGGGCCCCACGGACACUCGGAGGCGGCGGGCCACCUGCUCUUCCCCGGGCUGCACGAGCAGGCGGCGGGCCACGCGUCGUCCAACGGCCAGAUGCGCCUGGGCUUCACCGGGGACGUGUACGGCCGCGCGGCCGAGCAGUACGGCCACGUCACGAGCCCGCGCUCCGACUACGCGUCCACGCAGCUGCACGGCUACGGCCCCGUGAACAUGAACAUGGCCGCGGCGCACCACGGCGCCGGGGCCUUCUUCCGCUACAUGCGGCAGCCCAUCAAGCAGGAGCUCAUCUGCAAGUGGAUCGAGCCGGAGCAGCUGGCCAGCCCCAAGAAGUCGUGCAACAAGACCUUCAGCACCAUGCACGAGCUGGUCACACACCUGACCGUGGAGCACGUGGGGGGGCCCGAGCAGACCAACCACAUCUGCUUCUGGGAAGAGUGUCCACGCGAGGGCAAGCCCUUCAAGGCCAAGUACAAGCUGGUCAAUCACAUCCGCGUGCACACGGGCGAGAAGCCCUUCCCGUGUCCCUUCCCCGGCUGCGGCAAAGUCUUCGCCCGCUCGGAAAACCUCAAAAUCCACAAAAGGACGCACACGGGUGAGAAGCCGUUCAAGUGCGAGUUCGACGGCUGCGACCGCCGCUUCGCCAACAGCAGCGACCGGAAGAAACACAUGCACGUGCACACGUCCGACAAGCCUUACUUGUGCAAAAUGUGCGACAAGUCCUACACGCACCCGAGCUCGCUGCGCAAACACAUGAAGGUCCACGAAUCGAGUAACCCCGGCUCGCAGCCUUCCCCCGCGGCCAGCUCGGGGUACGAGUCGUCCACGCCCCCCACCAUCGUGUCCCCGUCCGCGGAGAACCCGAGCAGCGGCAGCUCCAUAUCGCCGACGGCCCCCGGGACGGUGCAGCACCACACCGCCACCACCACGACCGCGACCGGCAGCCACAGCAGCGCGCUCACGUCCAAUUUCAAUGAAUGGUACGUGUAAAACAAAACAAAAAAACAUUUUUUUGCUUUUAUUUUAUUUUUAUUUGGGGGGGGGGGGGGGGGGGUGAAAAAGAAAUUUGGAAAAAGUGAUUUUCUUUUUUUUCUUUGGACUGCAAAGACUUUUUGGAGCGUGGACUGAAAGAAUGCAUGGACCAAAAAAGAAAGAAAAAGAAAAGAAGGAGCCAAACUUUUCUUUAUUUGCUCCACACGUUGCAAAAAGAGGGAAACGAGGGGGAAUUGUUUUUGUACAUAUCACAACCAAAAUGAAAAAAAAAAAAAAAAAAAUGGAAUAUUGUAUUUUGUAAAUACCAUAAGCGAGGGGAGGGGAGGGGAGGGGGGGGGGGGUUGUGAAGAAAUAAAUGUGCUCCCUUCAUAUAUGGACAAUAGACGCCACUGAAAAGAAUGUUCUAGUCGUGUACCAAAUGUGAAUGAUCCCCAGUAUUACAACGUCGAGCUUAAGCGACUUCCUAUAGUAUUAAAUGUGCUUUUUUUUUGUUGUUGUUUUUGGUUCUGUUUUCCCAUCAUGUAUAGCCCACAGUGCAGCAUUCUCGUCCAAAAGGUCCAGUUGGAGUAGCACACUUUUAAUCCUUGUUGUUAUUUAAAUGUCAUGUCGACGAAAUCGUCUCUAAUAGUGAAAAAAAAAAAAAAGCCUGAACAAUUCCGUGUCAACCUGUUUAUUAUGUAUACGUGAUAAAUAUACACAAAAAAAGUUA